GGAGCUGGGAAGCUGAGAAGCCGGGAGUGCGGGGCUCAGUCGGGGGGCGGCGGCGGCGGCGGCUCCGGGGAUGGCGGCGGCUCCGCUGCUGCUGCUGCUGCUGCUCGUGCCCGUGCCGCUGCUGCCGCUGCUGGCCCAGGGGCCCGGAGGGGCGCUGGGAAACCGGCAUGCGGUGUACUGGAACAGCUCCAACCAGCACCUGCGGCGAGAGGGCUACACGGUGCAGGUGAACGUGAACGACUAUCUGGAUAUUUACUGCCCACACUACAACAGCUCAGGGGUGGGCCCCGGGGCCGGGCCCGGGCCGGGCGGCGGGGUGGAGCAGUACGUGCUGUACAUGGUGAGCCGCAGCGGCUAUCGCACGUGUAACGCCAGCCAAGGCUUCAAGCGCUGGGAGUGCAAUCGGCCGCACGCCCCGCAUAGCCCCAUCAAGUUCUCGGAGAAGUUCCAGCGCUACAGCGCCUUUUCGCUGGGCUACGAGUUCCACGCCGGCCACGAGUACUACUACAUCUCUACGCCCACCCACAACCUGCACUGGAAGUGUCUAAGGAUGAAGGUGUUCGUCUGCUGCGCCUCCACAUCGCACUCCGGGGAGAAGCCGGUCCCCACUCUCCCCCAGUUCACCAUGGGCCCCAAUGUGAAGAUCAACGUGUUGGAAGACUUUGAGGGAGACAACCCCCAAGUGCCCAAGCUUGAGAAGAGCAUCAGCGGGACCAGCCCCAAGCGGGAACACCUGCCCCUGGCCGUGGGCAUCGCCUUCUUCCUCAUGACACUCUUGGCCUCCUAGCUCUGCCCCCUCCCGUGGCAGGGAGAGAUGGGACGGGGUUGAGAAGGAGCAGGGAGCCUUUGACCUCUCCAAGGGAAGCCUAGAUGUGGGACCUACACCCCUCCUCCCAUGGCUGGAAGUGGGGUCUGCACCAUACAUCUGUGCCGCCCCCCUACCCCCUCCCUCCAGGUAGGGUACUGUAGUGGAUUAGGCACAGGUGUCACACAGGUGUUCCACAAGUCCCAGGUGGCUUUGUGGCUUUGGUAAUGUUCCUUCCAAACUUGGGGUCAUAAAGGGCAGUGCUCAGAGCUCCCUGACCCUUGGUGCCCUCCCCCUUUCUCCCACCAGAGAGACAAAUACGCCCCAGAGAGAGCAAAAUCGAAGCAUGGGAGGUGUCCUUAUCACUCUCCUCCAGGGCAGAACAUGGGGAGGGGACUAGAGGGGUGAGGGGGUAGCGCUGCCUGCUGCCCCUUCCCCUGUUUACAGCAAUAAGCACGUCCUCCUCCCCCUACUCCCACUUACAGGAUUGUGGUUGGAUUGGGAUUGAAUCCAAGUUUACAAACAAACACCCCUGGGGAGGCAGGCAGUAGACAGGGGUGGCAAGGGGUGGGCACUGGGGUUCCAGGCAGGCAUGUACAGACUCUAUAUCUCUAUAUAAUGUACAGACAGAGUCCCUCUCUCUCCUUACCCAUCCUUUCUCAAAUUCCCCUCCAGCUUUAGACCCUUCCCCACCAGGCUAGGCCCCCCCAGGGGACCCCCGGCCCCUCUUUUGUCUUCUGUGAAGACAGGACCUAUGCAACGCACAGACACUUUUGGAGACCGUGAGACAACGCCCCUCCCUUCCAGCCCUGAGCCGGGAACCAACACCCAGGACCUUGCCCUGCCCACCCUAUGUGGUCCCCACCCAUCCUGGGCCUUUUUCAAGUGCUUUGGCUGUGACUUUCAUACUCUGCUCUUAGUCUAAAAAAAUAAACUGGAGAUAAAAAUAA